AUGGCGCAAAGAAAGAGGAGGCCAAUGAGGAAGAAGAGGCGCUCGGGGAGCGCGGAGCUCGACGCCGGGGAGCUGGACGGAGUGCAGCUCGAGCUCACGGCUCACGUGGACGCGGAGGAUGGCCCUAACAGAAAGCUGCCGCGCUUCCCCGCUGCUUCAGAAUGCCUUUCGGAUGUGGAGCCUGACACCAAGGAGCUGGUCCGAGCCCAGAACAAGAAGAAGAAGAAGUCCGGAGGCUUUCAGUCUAUGGGGCUCAGUUACCCUGUCUAUAAAGGAGUCAUGAAGAAGGGCUACAAGGUUCCCACUCCGAUUCAGAGAAAGACAAUCCCUGUGAUCCUGGAUGGCAAAGAUGUGGUGGCCAUGGCGAGGACAGGGAGCGGGAAAACGGCCGCAUUCUUGGUUCCCAUGUUCGAACGGCUGAAGGCUCCUCAAGCCCAGACGGGUGCUCGGGCCCUCAUCCUCACACCAACCCGCGAGCUUGCUUUGCAGACCAUGAAGUUCACCAAGGAGCUUGGCAAGUUCACCGGUCUCAAGACUGCACUGAUUCUUGGUGGAGACAGGAUGGACGAUCAGUUUGCAGCUCUGCACGAAAACCCAGACAUAAUUAUUGGCACCCCUGGUCGUCUCAUGCACGUCGUUAUGGAGAUGAACUUGAAGCUGCAGAACGUGGAGUAUGUGGUUUUUGAUGAGGCUGACAGGCUCUUUGAGAUGGGUUUUGCAGAGCAACUCCAGGAGAUCAUCAGACGGCUCCCGGACAUGCGGCAGACCCUGCUCUUCUCCGCUACUCUGCCAAAACUAUUGGUGGAAUUCGCCAGAGCUGGGUUGACUGAGCCAGUGCUCAUUCGGCUGGAUGUGGAAACCAAGCUGAGCGACCAGCUCAAGCUUUCCUUCUUCCAUCUGCGCGUGGAUGACAAGCCUGCCUUACUGCUGCACCUUCUCCGGAACGUGGUGAAGCCCCAGGAGCAGACCGUGGUCUUUGCAGCCACCAAGCAUCACGUGGAAUACCUAAAGGAGCUCUUGACCUCAGAAGGUGUGGAGUGUGCCUACAUCUACAGCUCCUUGGACCAGACUGCCAGAAAGAUCAACAUUGGACGCUUUGUGCACCGCAAGGUCAUGGUGCUCCUGGUCACCGAUGUGGCAGCACGCGGUAUUGACAUCCCCCUUCUGGACAACGUCAUCAACUACAACUUCCCAUCCAAACCAAAGCUGUUCUUGCACAGAGUUGGUCGAGUUGCCCGGGCUGGUAGGAGCGGGACGGCGUACAGCCUCGUGUGUCCAGAUGAACUGCCCUUUGUUUACGAUCUUCACCUCUUUCUGGGGCGCCCGGUCCAGUUUGCUCUUGCUGACCACCCCAAAGAUGCGGAUGGGUUGUUCGGUCGCGUCCCUCAGAGCAUCCUGGAUGAUGAGGAGUCCUUGCUGAUCACAGCCCACGAGAACUCACUGGACCUCCAAAACCUGCGGCGAGUGGCUGAAAAUUCCUACAAGCAGUACAUCAAGUCGAGGCCCAAUCCAUCCGCCGAGUCCAUCAAGCGGGUCAAGAACACAGACUUCUCUGGAAUGGCUGUCCACCCGCUUCUGGGCUCAGGGCUGGAGAAGAUGGAGCUGAGUCGGCUGCAAAUGGUCGACAGUAUCAAGAACUACAAGUCAAAAACUACUAUUUUUGAGAUCAACUCCAGCAACAAGACAACAGCCAGUGGGGUGAUGCGUGCUAAGAGAAGCCGGGACAACAGCCUGGUGGACAAGUUUGCACAGGCCCGGGAGGAACGGGCAGCUGAGAUGCGGCUCAGCCAGUCUGCCAUUCCCAGUGUCCUGCCUGCUGACCAGGAGCACAGUGAAGAGGAAGACAUGCAGGGAGUCUUCUCUGAAGUUGUUGGUGGAAAGAGGAAGAAACAGCCAGAAGAUGAUGAUGUCACAAGGCCAAAGAGCAAGAAAAACCGACAGUCUUCCUGUGACCCAGAGUUUUACAUUCCAUACAGACCAAAAGACUUUGACUCAGAGAGAGGGCUCAGCCUUGGAGGAGAAGGGAGCACAUUUGAGAAACAGGCAUCUUCUGCAGUCCUCGAUCUGAUGGGGGAUGAAGGCGACCAUCUGAACCAUCAUAAAAACAUGAUGAAGUGGGAUCGGAAGCGGAAGAGAUUUGUGCAUGAGACAGGGAAGGAGAACAAGAAGAAAGUGAAAACAGAAAGUGGACAGGUGGUCAACCCCUCCAAGAAGAAGAAAAACUUUUAUGAGGAAUGGAAGAAAAAGUACAAAAUUGACGACGGUGCUUCUGAUUCUGAUGGAGAAACUGGAGGCCCCAGGGGACGGAAAUCUGGUGUGGGAGGUCACCGGGGCAGGAGAGUGGCCCAGCAGACCAAGGGUGGCCUACGGGUUCGCUCGGAGCUAAAGAGUCGGGAGCAGAUUAUGAAGGGACGCAAGAUAAAGUCAAAGCAGCAGUUUCUGCAGAGUGGUGGCUUCAAGAGGUUCCGAGCCAAGAAUAAGAAUCGCCUCAACGAGAUCAAGAGGUCAGGAUUUGGUCGGGGCACCACCAAGAAGGGCAAGCUGAGGAAGAAGCUGUGAGACCUGGAGACAUUGUUGACUUUGACGGUGCUUUUGAAGCCUGCAGUCUUCAGGGACAAAAGACAGUUGUGUAUCAUGCUUAUCCCUGGAUCAGCCAAAGAGUACAGUCAUUGACAAGUGUUAAAUGCUGUAUGAUUAUUUGACCUGCAUGAUUUUCUCAUUAGCUGGUUCUUGGAGAUGGUUGGGCUUUUAAGUUUUUCAAAAGAGUUGCUUUGCUCCAAAUGCUGCAUGCCAGAACAGUUUCCACAGGUUAAUACUCUUUCAAGUGAGCUGUACGUGUGGAAGAACUGUGCCUCUGGCUGUCCUUCAUGUGGGUGUGUUGAGCAGAGACCACAGAACUCAUUUUGUUCUGGAGCUCAGCUCCAGAACCACAAACACCGGUUUGGGUUUCUUGUUGUUACCUUACUAUCCAGGUGGACAUGUAUGGAACUAGUGUGUAUAAAUUGUGCGUGAAAUUGGAAUGUGUGCUGUAAUAUCUGUAACGAUCAACAUCUUGACUGCUGCACUUACUGAAUCCCCCCCCCCAUAUUUA